AUGGGUGAAGCUGGAGCACCGAUGAUGCAGUAUUUGCUGGAACUGUGGAAUGAGUGGGAGAUCCAAGUUGUUGUUGUUCUCAGCUUCAGUCUGCAGGUUAUCCUCUUCUUCUUCGCUGGGAUCCGCAGCUACAGUGUCUCGUCUGUUGUCAAGGCCCUCCUCUGGUUGGUGUAUCUGCUUGCUGAUGUCGUUGCGACAUACGCUCUGGGGCACAUUUCCUCGUCCUUGUCGAAGAAAUCGUCCGGCCAGAAUCAGCUGGUGGCGUUCUGGGCGCCGUUCCUCCUGCUGCACCUCGGCGGCCAGGAUACCAUCACCGCUUAUGCCCUGGAGGACAAUGAACUCUGGCGGCGCCACCUGUUAAAUAUGUUGGUGCAGGUCGCCGGCACUGCGUAUGUGCUCUACAAGUACAUCAAUUCAGGGGAGGCGACCUUUGUCCGCGCCGCUAUGUAG